GCAUCCUUGAAACAUCUUCACACAUGCAAACAAUAUAUUCACACAUUUCUUUCACGCAUCCUUGAAACAUCUUCACACACGCAAACAAUAUAUUCACACAUUUCUUUCACGCAUCCUUGAAACAUCUUAACUCAUGCAAACAAUAUAUUCACACAUUUCUUUCACGCAUCCUUGAAACAUCUUCACACACGUAAACAAUAUAUCCACACAUUUCUUUCACGCAUCCUUGAAACAUCUUAACACACGCAAACAAUAUAUUUUUUUUACAUUUUUUCUUGUUUUUAUUAUCAAGAAUGUUGUGCUGAGAUAUGUUCAGAAUGCACCAGAGAGACUCUAAAUUUGAAAAUUUUCUGGGCAUGACCCCACCCCCAGAUCCCCCUAGAUUGCCCUACACGCUUUGUGUGUGGCGUGCUUCAUGCACGACUCAUCCAUACCCAAAAGACGCCCCCCCCUCUUGGCAAAUCCUUCUGACGCCCCUGUAUCUGUAUCAUAUUCACAUUCAAGCAACAUACAUUCACAUAUUUCUUUUAAGCAUAUUUGGAACAUCUUCACAAAUUCAAGCAACAUACAUUCACAUAUUUCUUAUUAGCAUAGUUGGAACAUCUUCACAAAUUCAAGCAACAUACAUUCACAUAUUUCUUAUUAGCAUAGUUGGAACAUCUUCACAAAUUCAAGCAACAUACAUUCACAUAUUUCUUUUAAGCUUAGUUGGAACAUCUUCACAAAUUCAAGCAACAUACAUUCACAUAUUUCUUUUAAGUAUAGUUGGAACAUCUUCACAAAUUCAAGCAACAUGCAUUCACAUAUUUCUUUUAAGCUUAGUUGGAACAUCUUCACAAAUUCAAGCAACAUACAUUCAUAUAUUUCUUUUAAGCAUAGUUGGAACAUCUUCACAAAUUCAAGCAACAUACAUUCAUAUAUUUCUUUUAAGCAUAGUUGGAACAUCUUCACAAAUUCAAGCGACAUACAUUCACAUAUUUCUUUUAAGCAUAGUUGGAACAUCUUCACAAAUUCAAGCAACAUACAUUCACAUAUUUCUUUUAAGCAUAGUUGGAACAUCUUCACAAAUUCAAGCAACAUACCUUUGCAUGUCUUUUCUCAGUGGUAGUUUCUUCUUCUCCACCUUCAGUUUGUUUUGGGGGGACAUAACGACCCAGGAAAUAUUCUUGUAUUUUGAUGUUAUCUUUGCCUGGUAACUUUUCUUCAUUAUACUGCCUUAGGUGUUUUCCAUGGCACAGCUCAUAUGUCCAGUAACUUUCAAUCU